GGUGGCGGCAUCAUCAUCCUCCUGGGGUGACUGUGCCUGACGGGGGCUCUAUCUCGGCUCCCGGGGGACAUCCCGUCCCACCCCCAGGGUUGAUUGAACCUGGCGCGGAGAGCCCCGGGUCAUCUGGCCGGCCGCCGUGGUGCUGGGGCUCGGUUCCUGGUGGGGGGAGCUCUGGGGUGACCGGGGCCCCGAGGCAGUUAGGGCCGUGUUACUUGGGGUUGCUCUAAGCCUGGCCGGAGGCCCGGGCCUGGCUCCCGCUGCGGGGAGCGCCGAGCGACCGGGCAUGGCGCGGGACUGCCGGUGCCACCGGGCCGAUCACCAGGGAGCGCCGAGCAACCGGGAGAGAAGCAACCUGGCUGGGGUGCGGCACAUCCUGCUGGUGCUCUCUGGGAAGGGUGGUGUGGGGAAGAGCACCAUCUCCACAGAGCUGGCUCUGUCACUGCGGCACUCUGGGAAGAAGGUGGGGAUCCUGGAUGUGGACCUGUGUGGCCCCAGCAUACCCCGUAUGUUCAGGGUGCAGGACAGUGACGUGCACCAGUGCGACAGCGGCUGGGUCCCCGUCUUUGUGGACCAAGACAAGAGCAUCUCGCUCAUGUCCAUUGGCUUCCUGCUCGAGAAGCCGGAUGAUGCUGUGGUGUGGAGAGGACCCAAGAAAAAUGCUUUGAUCAAACAAUUUGUUGCUGAUGUGGCAUGGGGGGAUCUGGACUUUCUCAUCGUGGACACGCCGCCGGGUACGUCUGACGAGCACAUCUCCACAGUGGAGGCCUUGCGGCCCUACAAGCCGCUUGGAGCAAUCCUCGUCACAACACCCCAGGCCGUGGCUGUAGGAGAUGUAAGGCGAGAGCUGACAUUCUGUAAGAAGACAGGCUUACGAGUUCUCGGCAUUGUGGAGAAUAUGAGCGGCUUCGUCUGCCCGCACUGUUCGGAGUGCACAAACAUCUUUUCCAAAGGAGGAGGUGAGGAGCUGGCCAGGUAUGCUGGGGUCCCCUUCCUUGGCUGUGUUCCCCUGGACCCCCAACUCAGCCAGAGCUUGGAGGAAGGCAGAGACUUCAUCCAAGAGUUUCCCAAGAGCUCUGCCUUCCCUGCCUUGGCUCAAAUCACCCAGCAGAUCUUGGAUGGUACGUCACAGCGAAGCUCCUGAGAAGGGUAGAGACCUGGACUCUUGCUGGCAGAGCCACUGGCUUGGCAGCACGACCAGCAGCCCGUGCCAGCAGGGAAGUGGGAUGCAGAUAAAACUGUCUCAGUGGAGAGUGACAGGGGAGGGGGAGCACAGCAUUGGUGCCACUCGCAGCGGUCCAAAAAGGGAAGCACUGCUUCAUCCCCCUGGAUCUGAAGAGACCCUGCACACAGCAGCAGCCUGCUUCUUGCCUUCUCACCGUGGGGGUGCUCUGCCCAGAUUGGUACCAUUGCUUCUAGCCCUACACACGCAGCACCAUCCUCUGCAGCCAGCCAUUGUACAGGUGCCUGGGGACCUCAGCUUGUGUCCGCAGCCUCUCAUAUGCUGCGGUGCUUCCAAUGCAGCUACAGUGGCAAACAUCAUCAGCUGUUCUUCCCUCAAUGAACCCAAAGGGCACCGAUCGUCUGGAUCGUGGCUCCAUGAGCUGCUGCCUUCUCCCACCGCUUUCCUUGCGUGAUGGAUUAUAUGGUACUUGGUUCAGUGGCUGGUGAGUUCCUGCUGGAUGCUCCAAUGUGGACCCAAGCAAGGCCACCUUGCCCUGAAGUCUUGGAUCACUGGUUCCUGAUGGGCUGAUGAGGGCACAGCAUGUGAUUCGCGUGAGAAAAUGUCUUUAAAGGGGUCUGCCAGCCAUCUGAGGGCUGCAUCCCACUGUGCUGGCUUUUUUGGUCUGCUGGGGAUUAUUGUGACUCAGGAAUGUUUUUAAAGGUUCCAGGCAGUAAACACUUUCUUUAAAAUCCAA